AUGCAAAUCUUGGAAGAUAUUGGCAUAGAAGAUGCAUCAGUAGCUGACUGUGUUCAUGUGGCUUAUGUAUGUUCUCUUGUUAGUAAACGAGCAGCUUAUUUAUGUGCAGCUGGAAUCGCUACAAUACUGAAGCGCAUGAGCAAACCGUAUGUUACGAUUGGUGUCGACGGAUCCUUAUAUCGAUUUCAUCCAAAAGUGCCACGUUUGAUUGAUCGGAAAAUUGAUGAGCUACUUCCACCUGAUUUGGAGUAUCAGCUAAUGCUAUCGGCUGAUGGAAGCGGCCGAGGUGCAGCACUAGUUGCAGCCGUUGCGACAAGAAUUAAGCAAGAAUUACAGAACACUCUUUUGCACGAAGUUCCAUCAAUUCCAGGUAGUGUGGAAGUUGUUGACGGUGAUGCACUGGAAUUUCAUCAUUAA